ACCAAAACGUUCAAGCUGCAAAAAUCCAAAUCACACAUUUUUAACAGCGAAUAUUUAGCCAAAAACAUGGCAGAACAACCGGUGAGAGUCUUGGCGUGUGGAGACGUUGAAGGCCGGCUGAACGCUCUGUUCUCCAGAGUGCAGAGCAUCCAGAAGAAGACGGGGCCAUUCGAUCUGCUGCUGUGCGUCGGAGAGUUUUUCGGGACGUCGCCGGAGGCCGAAGCAGAGUGGCAGCUGUACAAAACCGGAGCCAAGAAAGCUCCCGUCCACACUUACAUCCUCGGAGCAGCGAGCCAGGAGGCGGUGAAGUGUUUCCCCGGCGCCGACGGCUGCGAGCUGGCCGACAACAUCACGUAUCUGGGUCGGCGCGGUGUGUUCACGGGCGUGUCCGGGCUACAGAUCGCCUACGUCAGCGGUCGGGAGGCCCUCCAGGAACCGGCCCCGGCUCACUGCUUCACCUCCAAAGACCUGUCGGCCCUCGUGGCCCCGCUGACCGGAAGCUCCAAGUUCAGAGGAGUCGACGUCCUGCUGACGUCACAGUGGCCCCGAGGCGUGUGGCAGUACGGGAACGCCCCGGAAGUGAACACUAAGUUUUGUGGCAGCGUCUCCGUCGCCGACCUCGCCGACCACCUGAAGCCGCGAUACCACUUUGCUGCACUAGAGGGCGCUCACUACGAACGGCUGCCCUACAGGAACCACGUUAUUCUCCAGGAGAACGCUCAACACGUCAGCCGCUUCAUCGCACUGGCGGCCGUCAGUAACCCGACCAAGAAGAAGUAUUUGUACGCCUUCAACAUCAUCCCCAUGAAGACGAUGGAGGCAUCAGAGCUGGUGAAGCAGCCGCAGGACGUGACGGAGAACCCGUACAGACGCUCCACCAGAGACAAGACGGACAAACAGAAGACGAGCUUCACCACACAGGAGGAGGAGCCGGCCAAUCAGUUCUUCUUUGACCUGAGUCAGAAGCAGGGGGCGGGGUUUAGAGGCCGAGGCAGGAAGAGGUAUUCAGAUGGAGACGGAGAAGGAGGAAGAGGAGGAGGAAGAGGAGGAGACGGACGUCCUGAGGGACAAAACAAGCAGCCCCGCAGGCACCCUCAGCCGACCGGUCCGUGCUGGUUCUGUCUGGCCAGUCCUCAGGUGGAGAAGCACCUGGUCAUCAGCAUCGGAACACAUUGUUACCUGGCUCUGGCCAAAGGCAGCCUGACGCCCCAGCACAUGCUGAUCCUCCCCAUCGGUCACUACCAGUCGGUGGUGGAGCUGAGCUCCGAGGUGCUGGAGGAGAUGGAGAAGUACAAGUCGGCCCUGAAGAGCUUCUACAAGAGCCGAGGAGAGCGCUGCGUUCUGUUUGAGAGGAACUACCGGAGCCAGCACCUGCAGCUGCAGGUGGUCCCGGUGCCGCUGGACCGCUGCACCACGGAGGACAUCAAGGAGGCCUUCAUGGUGCAGGCUCAGGAGCAACAGAUGGAGCUGAUGGAGAUCCCUGAACACACCGACCUCAAACAGAUUGCUCCUCCAGGGACACCGUACUUCUACGUGGAGUUGGACUCGGGGGAGAAACUCUACUACCGCAUUCAGAAACACUUCCCUCUGCAGUUUGGAAGGGAGGUUCUGGCCAGCGAGGCGUUGCUGAACACCCCGACUCGAGCUGACUGGAGGGAGUGUAAACAGAGCCGGGAAGAGGAAGAGGACGGCUGCAAGCGGCUGAGAGACGACUUCCAGCCGUAUGACUUCGCCUGGGAAGACUGACACACACACACACACACACGCACACACACUUUCUACAGAAUCUCCCUCCUUUUAUAUUGUGAAAGAAACGGUUCACUUUUUUUCCGCUUCGAUCGACACCACUCACAUUUCCGUACGGCGAAUGUGAAGCUAC